CGCUAUUACCUUUCAUUCUUUAAUCAGCCUCUACAACCACCUACGAAUCAUGCCCCUCACACCCGAGGAAACCGCCCUCGUCGACUCCGCCACCUCAAUUAUAACCAGCAUCCCUGUGUCGGACACCUACAGCGUCGCCAGCGCCGCGCGAUCAAUCGACGGACGCAUCUUCACCGGUGUCAACGUCUUUCACUUUACCGGCGGGCCCUGCGCCGAGCUCGUCGUUCUAGGUUCUGCUGCAGCGGCCGGGGCCAUGCAGUUAACGCAUAUCGUUGCAGUUGCGAACGAGAGCCGAGGCAUCCUCAGCCCGUGUGGACGAUGCCGGCAGACGCUGCUUGAUUUGCAUCCCGGGAUCAAGGCUAUUGUGCUUGAUCGGGGGGAGCCAAGGGCUGUGCGUGUGGAGGAGUUGCUGCCGUUUGCGUAUCUUGCGGAUUGACUGGUCGAUAUAUGGGUUGGAAAACGUCCGGUUUUGUGGGGUUGUUGCGAGAGCUUCGAUAUACACUGUCUAUUAUUCUAGCCAACCAUCAAUAGGGCUUCUGUGGAUGCUAUGAUCUGGCUAGAAUGUAUCUACUCCACAUGAUGGCAUAGUACGAACAUGACGCCUG